UCCGCCGCCACUGCGCCCCCGCCCCGAGUCCGCACUGCAGAGAGUGGUGGCGAGCAGGCGCCGGCGCGCUAGCCCACGUGCCGCGCUGAGAGAGGGACAGGGAGAGGAAGAAGGAGAGGGAGUGAGAGGCAGCCAGGAAAAGAGGGGCGCACGACCCCGCUGCCGCUCGGCGCAGCCCCUGCGCCCCACCUGCUGGGACCUCGACGAGGAAGGACCCCGACCCAGAGGAGGGCUGUGGAGACCUGGGCGGUUCUCUCUGAGUCCUAGGCUCCCUCACUAAUUCACCCCCCCCCCGCCCCCUCCACCCUGCCCAGUGUCACCCUGGUCCGCGCCGGGAACCGUUUCCUACGGCUGAUAUUAACCCCGCGCCGGUGGAAAUUGCACGCGAUGGCGGUGACGAUGCUGCGGGACUGGUGCAGGUGGAUGGGCAUCAGCGCUCGAAGGGGUCUGCUCAUUCUGGGCAUCCCGGAGGACUGUGAUGAAGCCGAACUCCAAGAGUCUCUGGAGGCCGCCCUGUGGCCCAUGGGUCACUUCACCGUGCUGGGCAAAGUGUUUCGAGAGGAGGAUAAUGCCACUGCAGCCCUGGUCGAGCUUGACCGGGAAGUUAACUAUGCUUUGGUCCCCAGGGAAAUCCCGGGCACCGGGGGUCCCUGGAACGUAGUCUUUGUGCCCCGUUGCUCAGGCGAGGAGUUUCUCAGUCGCGUGUUCCACUUCCUGGAGCAACAGGGGCAGACGGUGGAGAGUGUGGCUGGGGCCCUGGGGCUGGGACUGCGCCGGGUGUGCUGGCUCAGAUCGGUCAGUCAGGCAGUCCAGCCCUGGGUGGAGACCAUGCGGUACCAGCGCCUGGGCGUGUUUUCUGGGAGGGAUCAGCCCGCCCCGGGGGAGGAGUCCUUUGAGGCCUGGCUAGACCACACCACAGACAUGCUACAUGUAUGGCAGGGGGUCUCAGAAAGGGAGAAGAGGAGGCGGCUGAUGGAAGGCCUUCGAGGGACGGCCCUGCAGCUCGUGCACGGGCUCCUGGCAGAGAACCCUGCCAGGACGGCUCAGGACUGCCUGGCGGCCCUGAUCCAGGUGUUUGGAGACAACGAGUCGCAGGCAACCAUCCGGGUGAAGUGUUUGACAGCUCAGCAAGAGUCAGGCGAGCGGCUCUCUGCUUUCGUGUUGCGGCUGGAAGUUUUGCUGCAGAAAGCCAUUGAGAAGGGGGCCCUGGCCAGAGCCUCAGCUGACCAUGUACGCCUGAGGCAGGUGCUCGCCAGGGCCAACCUUAUUGAGCCGCUGGAUGAAGCGCUGAGGAAGUUGAGAAUGGUUGGGAGGUCUCCAAGUUUCCUAGAGAUGCUGGGGCUUGUUCGGGAGUCUGAGGCCUGGGAGGCCAGUCUAGCCAGGAACGAGAGAGCCCAGGCAGAGGAAGGGGCUGGUGCCCGGGCCAAUGCCCAGGCUGAUGCCAGAAUGGGCAGCGCUUCCAGGGAAGGCCCGGGAGGUCCUGGCUGUGAGCCAGAGGGCCUCGCCCAGGCAGGAGACCAGGAGACUGGGGAGCCCCUGGAGGAGGGGCUCAAGCCCAUCCCAGAGGAGUUGGGAAAUGAGGACGGGGCUGGGGAGAUGAGCCCCGCCAAGUCCUCCUCGGGCAAAUAGGCUCAGAAGGCCCAGAGGCCCCCUCUCCUCUCAGACAGCAGAGCUCUGGAGGCAGGGGAAGGCCACUCCAGGGCAGCAGCCUCACCCCACAUGUGGAGCAGGGCCAAGGGAAGGACCCACCCAGCCCAAGCCAAACCCCCGGGCACUCCACCACCCCCACGGGGACCUGAUCACCACCAUCAGCCCUUCCAACGGACCAGGAUGACCAUACUUGAUGCAGAAUGGGGCAGGGAGAGGUGCCCCCUCCCAUGGCAGCUCCACCCCAGCCCCAGCCCCAGCCCCAGCCCCAGCCCCAGCCCCAGCCCCAGCGCGAAACCCUGCCAGUCCAGGCAGCCAGCCUGGGAAGCACCCCUGAGUGGCUGGCCCUAGCCUAGGUGAGGGGCACCUGAAAAUGUGUGCCACCCACACUGGCUUGGGAGAUGGUAGGGGCCGUCUCAAGGGUGCCGGCCCCUUGGGCCGCCCAAGAGGGGGACCCUCAUUCACUGACCCCUGGAGCACGUCGCUCCAUGCUCUGGGAAGCCCACUUGUGUCUCUGUAGGCCCCUUAGUGACCCCCGUGUCAAGUGGCACCCCCCCUCCCCCGCUCCCACUACACGCACACUAGUUACCAUUCCCACGCAGAGCCCUGAGGUGUGCAGGAGCCCGCGGCGGGUGUCCUGGCCUAACGCAGCAGCCACCUCUCAGCCCGGGUGUGUGCCACGAGCUUCAGUGCGAGCCCAGGCUCUGCUUGCUGUCUGGUGUCUGGUGUCGUGAGCUCAGCCUCUGCUUCCUCGGUGUAGAUUUAGGCCAGCUGCUGCUUGUUCUUGUGGAGAUGUAUGUGUGUUCUUAUGUGAGCAGCCGCCCCCACCCCACCCCAGAGACCUCUCGAGCCCAAUCCCAGGAGAUGGCGGGAAGGACAGAAGAGAACAUGGCUGGUGCUCACCCCGUGACCUCAGGAAGGAGGAACUGGACCAAGGACAGAGGUGGCCUGUGGGAGUCUCCACGGAAACCGUGCUCUGAUGUGCCACUCUCUUGUUACUUGUGACUCAGUUUCUUCGGCUUGUCCCAGUGCCCCGUGCUGCAUUUUCCAGCAUCCUGUGACUGUCCUGUGCAGGCCAUAGGGCAGGACCAGGCCCCACCAUGUCGGCCAGAGUGGAGAGUGCCCUGGAGUGAGGGGCCAUGGCCAGCAUCCGCAUCCAUCAUCCUGGCCAAGGGCCGAUCGUGGGGCCCUCAGGAAGGGAGACUAUGGCAGGAGGGCCACGGUGUUGGGGGAAACAGAGGCACCUCAUUUGGGACCCCAAGAGGAGGGGGUCCGUGACCUAUGGGCUGUAGUGGCCGUCAGAUGUUCCUCUCUGUGUUGUC